AUGAGCAAAGGCAGAUAUGCGACUACAUGCGUGCACGUGUACUCGAAGAAGGCCCUGCAGGUGGAGGAUAUCACAAGCAUUGAUGGACCUACGAGGACUCGGACCAACUGCUACAGGCAAGACACGACGCCUGAGCUUCCAGCAUCAAAAGGCAAGCUGCUGCUGCUACAUAAAGCCGGCCCGUACCUACAUAUACGGAGUUGCUUCAGAGUACUUGGCACACCUGAGGCAGUGGUUGAGCAGCCUUGCGAAAACCCCAAGCUUCAAUCCUCAAUCCUCCCCGGAAAGGGCUUCCCUUUGACCUCGACAGACCAAAGAAUGAAGGGGGAAAAAGCCGACGAGACGGCCAUGGUUCUUCUCGUCAACUCAUCACGCCACGACCUGCCAGGGAGUGCCGCCGAUUACUGGGUCGCUAUUGAAUUAGCUCCGAGCCCUGAGGAGCCGUUCUAG